UGGAGCCAUAUUGGAGCCGCUUUUCCUACGGCGAACGAUUCCACAGUUGGCAGCCGCUUAAGGAUUUACUUUUCUGGACUAAAACUCAUCCAGAGCUCCCGAUACCAGCCCCGAGACCACAUCCAAACCAGCCCGGAGGUGAAGAUGGUGGACCGUUUGGCUAACAGCGAGGCUAACUCCAAACGCAUCGCGGUUGUGGAGAGCUGCUUCGGCGCAGCGGGCCAACCUUUAGCCAUCCCCGGGCGCGUCCUCAUCGGGGAGGGAAUCCUGACCAAACUCUGCCGCAAGAAACCAAAACUGCGCCAAUUCUUCCUGUUCAACGACAUUCUGGUCUAUGGCAACAUCGUCAUUCAGAAAAAGAAGUACAACAAGCAACACAUCAUCCCCCUGGAGUCCGUCACCAUAGAUACGGCCCCCGACAACACCGAGUAUGAUCUACGGAACGGCUGGCUCAUCAAAACGCCAACCAAAUCCUUCACAGUGUUCGCCGCGACCGCCACGGAGAAGUCAGAGUGGAUGAAUCAUAUCGGGAAGUGCGUCGGGGAUUUACUGCAAAAGAGCGGGAAGGCACCGACCGGAGAGCACGCGGCGGUUUGGGUCCCCGACUCUGAAGCGUCCAUCUGUAUGCGCUGCCAGAGGGCAAAGUUCACCGCCGUCAACCGCCGCCACCACUGCAGGAAGUGCGGGUUCGUGGUGUGCGGGCCGUGCUCGGAAAAGCGCCACCUUCUGCCCAGCCAGUCGUCACGGCCGGUGCGAGUGUGCGACUUCUGCUACGACAUGCUAACGGCGGCUAACGGAGGGCGACCGAUCAGGCAGGAUCAGUUCAACAACAGCGCGGUGUCAGAGGAGGACGACGAUGACGACAGCAGCGACUAGAACACGGAGCAUUCUGUGGACUUGGACUGUACAUA